AUGGUGGUGACGGUGGCUUACGUGCGUCAACAACUCAGUAAUUUGGCGCAUUCCGGCGGUUCCCACAAAGACCAGGCCGAGAAAUACCGCGCAACCCUGGACUCGAUAUUAUUGUCUUCCGGCGAGGAGCUAGUAGAUGCUCUGAAGACUUUCAUCGAAGCAAUUGUGAACGAAAACGUGAGCUUGGUUAUUUCAAGACAAGUGUUGACUGAUGUCAGUAGUCGUUUAUUGUUUUUGCCUGAUGAGAUAUCAAAAGCUGUUUCACAUUAUACACUGGACAAGGUUCAACCACGUGUGAUUUCCUUUGAAGAACAAGUAGCUAGCAUAAGACAACAUUUAGCUGAUAUUUAUGAACGUAAUCAGAACUGGCGGGAAGCUGCAAAUGUUUUAGUUGGCAUACCACUAGAAACGGGGCAAAAGCAGUAUACUGUUGAUUACAAACUCGAGACUUAUCUUAAAAUUGCUAGAUUAUAUUUGGAAGAUGAUGAUCCAGUACAGGCUGAAGCGUUCAUCAAUCGAGCAUCACUUUUACAGGCCGAAUCUAAAAAUGAACAGUUACAAAUCUAUUACAAAGUAUGCUAUGCAAGAGUAUUAGAUUAUAGAAGAAAAUUUAUAGAAGCAGCUCAGAGGUACAAUGAGUUAUCAUAUAGGUCCAUUAUUCAUGAAGAUGAACGUAUGACUGCUCUUAGAAAUGCAUUGAUUUGCACAGUAUUGGCUUCUGCAGGACAACAAAGAAGUCGGAUGUUGGCCACAUUGUUCAAAGAUGAACGCUGCCAACAACUUCCCGCUUACUCAAUUCUUGAGAAAAUGUAUUUGGAUCGUAUCAUUCGGCGCUCUGAACUGCAGGAAUUUGAAGCAUUAUUGCAACCUCAUCAGAAGGCAUGUACUAUCGACGGAUUAGGAUCCACUAUACUCGACCGUGCUGUUAUCGAGCAUAAUUUAUUAUCUGCUAGUAAAUUAUACAACAACAUUUCCUUCGAAGAAUUAGGUGCAUUAUUGGAUAUUCCACCUACUAAAGCGGAAAAAAUUGCUAGCCAAAUGAUUACUGAAGGCAGAAUGAAUGGAUAUAUAGAUCAAAUUGAUUCCAUAGUACAUUUUGAAACACGUGAGACCUUACCGACAUGGGACAAACAAAUACAAUCGCUAUGUUAUCAAGUGAAUCAAAUAAUCGAGAAAAUAGCUCAAACAGAGCCAGAAUGGAUCGCUAAAGCAAUGGACGAUCAGAUGGUACAUUAAUAUAGAUUUUGUUUAACACAGAAAUGUCAAAUGAGGAAUACGGGAAUCAUUUACAAUAUGUACACGAUACACAGCCAGCCAAAAUAGUAAAUAUUUAUAUAGCUCAUUGUUGAAACACUAAUAUCGUCUGAGGCACAUCAUUCAUUAAAUUUGAUUUUUAAAUAAAAUCUUUCGUCCCAAAAGUAUAUCUAUAUUGUUUUUAGAAUUGUGUAUUUGAAAUAUGUUAAAUGUAUAUUACAUCU